AUGAUGGGUUAUAAGGUUCAUGAAAAUUGUGAAAAAGCUGCCCUUAAAGCGGAAGCCAUAAGAACGUGCCCUCGUUCCUGCGCAUUUUGUUGCUUAACACCGCAGUAUAACUGCACGAAUGCGACAACAGGAGGACCACCUGUUCCAACGUGUGCUGACGGCCGAGCAAAUUGUGCACAAGUGCAGCAAUAUUGCACUGUGGAACCAUUCGCGGGAACAUUGAGAGAACAGUGCAGAAAAACAUGUCGCAUAUGUACAUAA